AUGUUGACAUACACAUAGCUGCUUCUCUUUCUGUCUUUAUCUGUCGUUUUAUGUGUACCUCUGCAACACAACAUCAUGUCAUGUGUUACGAUAAUGUCUUUGUAACACUUCACUUAACAGUAACGAAAAAUAAAGAUAAUACUACUAGGUUAGGUGUAAUGUAAUCCAAUGUUAUAGCAACUACAGUUUUUUUACCUCUCUCUCUCUCUCUCUCGUGAUUUUCUCUUUCCUCAUUCACUAUCCCUCUCUCUCUCUCUCUCUAUCUCUUACACCCUUUCAAACUUCAAACCCUAGGAACACCGUUUUGAAUUUUCCAUUCUUCUUCUCUAACUUUGUAUUUUUCAUUUUCAUAUUUUGAGUUUCUUACUCUUUCACUGGAUUUGAGUUCCUUUGGAUUUUGUUUCAGGUUUCAAUGCUUCAUUUUGUAAUGUUCUUUGGAAUUGAGAUAAAGCUAAGUUGUUGGUAGUUAUUUUGUCAAUUCUCAAAUAUGAAUACAUCUACGUAUACAUGUGAGAUAGUGGAAUCAAGGGAAGAGAUAUUACCCGAGUUUGAUACCGAUGAAAAACCCGAGAGUAGUUGUUCGUAUCGAUUAGGAAAAAGGUACUCGAUUGAGGAUGACAUCGAUCGUCUUUUCCAGGCUAUUGAGAUUCAUAAAGGUUCGUCUAGAGGUCAUAGUAUGUCACGGUCGCAAAAGAGUGCUCUUAAAAGACCGAUUAAAGUUUGUUCGUCUCAGGUGUCGGGAAUUGGAAUUGCGGAGCGUGUAAGUUUGAAGCAGGCGCUUCGAGGAUUGUGUAUCUCCCAAGCAUCAGAAAUGGCUGCUUUGAAGAGAUUUUCAAAGCAAUGUGGCUCGUCAAGAGUAUCUGAUGUUGGCACCGGUAAAAAGUUGGUCGAAAUCUCCCUCGUGCCAGAGAUAUCAAGCUCGAGUGACGAUCGUUCUAUUUCUUUGGUUGAUUCAACAAGCUCGAAAGAAAUGACAACUAGGUCCGUGUCCCGAGAUCAGAUCGUUCCUUUUCCACCUGAAGUUGAAGCUGACAAGCCAACGAUACAAACCAAGGAAGGGCUAGAGGUUAGAACGAAUCUUGCUACCGAGAGUAAAUCUUGUCUCGGUUCUUCAAUGCCGGAUAAGGAAAAGGACGAAAAUUUACCUUGUGCAUCUUGUCCGCGGAGCUCUAGCAAUGAUAGUUCAGUGGACAAACCCUCGAGUAUUAGUACAUGUUUGGCGAAGCCGAUAUUCAAUAACAUGAACUUCCUGAAGAAAAAGGUAAAGAGAGAUCUAUGUUCUGCAUCGAGCUGCUCUACUAGUAGAUUCGACAAGGAGAAUGGAAAUUCUGAUCUUAACCGUGAAGUGAGAGAAAACGAUGAAAAACUAUCACCCUGCAGUUCGAAGCAUAGCAUUGAAGUUAACUCGAUAAAUGUUAAUAGAGAUUCAGAUAGCAAACGCGGUUUUGGUUUGAAUUGCAAUAAGAAAACUAAGUUUCUUCUUUCAAAAGUUGACGAGAAAUCAAGAUCAAAGGAAAAGGGCGAGUUCUCUCAUAGCUCAAAAAGUAGCAUUGGUGAGUAUAGUACUAGUAGCACAAGCAUCAGCGAGGAGAGCAAUCUAAGCAGCUCGAGCCGCAGCGGCCAACGACCGCACAUGUCAAAACACUCGAGAUGGGAAGCUAUUCGGGCGGUUCAACAGCAGCAUGGUAAUUUAAAUUUAAAGCAUUUCAAGCUGAUAAGGAAGCUUGGUAGUGGAGAUAUCGGAACCGUUUAUCUUGCAGAAUUAAUCGGGACUAGUUGCCUUUUUGCACUGAAAGUUAUGGACAACGAUUUUUUGGCAAGCAGGAAGAAAACAUUUAGGGUUCAAACCGAAAGAGAGAUCCUUCAAAUGUUGGAUCAUCCAUUUCUUCCUACACUUUAUUCUCAUAUUACUACAUAUAAGCUCUCUUGCUUGGUCAUGGAGUAUUGUCCAGGCGGUGAUCUGCACGUGCUGCGACAGAAGCAAACAUACAAGAGCUUUUCGGAGCACGCAACAAGGUUUUAUGUUGCUGAAGUUCUUCUUGCCCUUGAGUAUUUGCACAUGAUGGGAGUUGUAUAUCGAGAUCUAAAGCCGGAAAACAUCCUUGUACGCGAAGAUGGACAUAUAAUGCUGACAGAUUUUGACUUGUCACUCAGAUGUUCUGUCAAUCCAAUGUUAGUCAAAUCAUCUUCACCCGAUGCAGAUGUGGCAAAGAAGAUCUCCGGUUCUUGUUCGGGAACUAGCUGCAUACACCCUUUCUGUCUUCAACCGGAUUGGCAAGUUUCGUGCUUUACUCCUAAUCUUUUGUCUCCGGGAGCAAAAUCUCGAAAGAUGAAGGCUGACAACAUAUGUGCUCAAAUUGGUCCACUGCCGCAACUUGUUGUCGAGCCUACUAAUGCACGGUCCAACUCCUUCGUUGGAACGUACGAAUACCUUGCUCCGGAGAUCAUCAAAAGCGAGGGGCAUGGAAAUGCUGUAGAUUGGUGGACUUUCGGUAUACUUUUGUUCGAGCUUUUAUACGGAAAAACUCCCUUCAAAGGUCCAUCAAACGACGAUACAUUAUCCAACGUCGUGUCACAGAACCUCAAGUUUCCAGGUACUCCUAUAGUCAGUUUUCAUGCAAGAGAUUUGAUCAGAGGGUUGUUGAUGAAGGAUCCUGAAAAUCGAUUAGGUUCUGUAAAAGGCGCUGCGGAAAUAAAACAGCAUCCUUUCUUUGAUGGCCUCAACUGGGCUCUAAUACGGUGCGCUGCGCCACCGGAGCUCCCGAACGUUCACGAUUCCGGAACUAGUGCUUCACUUAUGGCUGCACAUAAGGAAAAUGCAAAUGAUUUAUAUGAUAUAGAUGAUUGUGAAGAGUUUGAGCUGUUUUAGUUAAACUUUUCUUCUCAACCUGUUGAGUUGAGAAUUAAGUUGAAACUGACUUGGUUUCACAACCAGUUCUAAUCCUUGUAACACUUAAUAUAGCUUAUAGCAUAAAUGUAAUUUAAACAGUGAAAUAUAUAGAUAGAUUAGUUUAUGUUAAUACAGAAUUAGAAUUUAGAAACUACAAAUGGAUUAAGGAAACAUGAGAGUUUCUUUGGUUUGUCUGCUGCCACUUCAGCCUCUAUGAUAGUAAUAGAGCAAUGUGUAUUUCUCUCUUAUUUGUUUCCAUCCAUGGUUUAGAGAUUG